UCCAUCACACAGCUAUAUAUAGCACAGAGCGUUAACGCUAUAUUGAUCUCGAUUUGACGGUUACUACAUCAUGCACAAACGAUGGUAUUUGACACACGUGCAUCGGUAUGCAUGUCACCAAUCUACAGGUGCCUAAAAUUCGGUUCUUCCUUAAUUAAAAUCCACUGUAAUCUGUGAACAUACAACAUCCGGAAAUUUCGUCAGUGCUGCUUUGUCAGCCGCUGAAGCCGGUAUGACCUACUGCAGUUACUAGAGCUGGAUACCAAGAACCCCUCUUCACUACACUCGGAUCCGUACAAAGGUAGACGCUUUAUAAACGACAGAAGAGAUAUGGCGUGUCAUUUUACCUGAAUCAAUAAUGAUCUUAGUGACUUACUCCAACUAUAGGAGAGUGUUUUGAAAGUUUUUACAAUAGCUGUAUGAGAAUGGCGAUUUCCUUCCACUUGAGGACUAAUGUAAACCAGAUGAAUAGCGUAUGGCUUGUGUAAACAGGGGCAAUUAUUGAUGGUGUACUCAUCAUUAUUGUCCAGUUCCUCCGCGGGAAUAUUAACACAAAUCUGGACUAUCAUCGGUACCAAGCUACAAGCUGAUCACUAUGAACGCAGACCAGGUGAUGAUACUGACGGAUGAGCAGGUAGCAGAAUUCAAGGAAGCGUUUACACUGUUUGACAAAGAUGGUGACGGGACGAUCACCACAAGCGAGCUCGGUACGGUAAUGCGUUCACUGGGACAGAACCCCACCGAGAACGAGCUGCAGGACAUGAUUAAUGAGGUGGAUGCGGACGGUAAUGGGACGAUAGACUUUGAGGAGUUCCUACAUAUGAUGGCCCGUAAAAUGAAGGAGACGGACAGUGAGGAAGAUCUACGGGAAGCCUUCCGAGUAUUCGAUAAAGACGGGAAUGGUUACAUCAGUGCUGCAGAACUGAGACACGUGAUGACCAAUCUGGGAGAAAAGCUGACAGACGAAGAGGUGGACGAGAUGAUAAAAGAGGCGGAUUUAGAUGGAGACGGAAUGGUUAACUAUGAAGAAUUUGUUACGAUGAUGACAAUAAAAUGAAUAACCAUGGGGAAAGUUUGAUCCAGACAACAUGAUGGCGGAGUGGACCGUACCAAACACAUCAUCAUUCCCUUACUUGUAAUAAUCGGACACGUUUGGACUAUGUGCCGACAGGAUGAUAUCCCUUGAUGUGAUCAUUGUUGUGUCCAUGGAAAUACUGUGAUGCCAUUGUAUAGCAUGAAACAUCAUCCGUUGACCCGAGGAAAAAUAGUUUCUUAUUCAAUACGAAAUACGAGCCUGUAUGUUUGUGUGUGAUUUUUUUUAUUAUUUAUUUUCCAAGAAGAAUUAAUAGCGAAACGAAUGUCUGAUAACAGACUGGAUUUAGAACGACGACCUGAGAAUGACACUGACAGAUAAGAUACCAAAGUAAACCAAAUAGUGUGCAUGUGUUAUAUGUGUAUUAGAUGUCAAGUCAUUCUAAAUAUGAUUACAAUAUAAUAAUGAUAUAUAAUUCAUGAUAUUUGUAUGCAAAACAGUGUUGACUAAAGGAGACUGCUGGGUUAUAACGUCAUUGUGUGUUUAUGUUCCUACAUCUAUGUAUGUCCUUGUUCGUAUCAAAACGUAGUGUUAUUUCAAUGAUUUAUUUAUAGGUGAAAACUACAUCCUAGUUUUUAUAUCAUCGUCAAAUGGAAUCGUGCUGAUAACCAACCAAUCGGAAUCGUGUUUAUCAUUGUCAAACGGAUUCGUGCUGAUAACCAACCAAUCGGAAUCGUGUUUAUCAUUGUCAAACGGAAUCGUGCUGAUAACCAACCAAUCGGAAUCGUGUUUAUCAUUGUCAAACGGAUUCGUGCUGAUAACCAACCAAUAAGAAUCGUGUUGAUAUACAAACAUUACCAUGCUUUUAAACAAACCAAAUCGCGUUUUACAAUCAAAUAUAAUCGCGUUUACAUAUACAAUCACAAAAAAUAGUAUUCGUAUAUCUUCGAGCAGAAUCGUAUUUUACAGUAAAGUAUAAUCGCGUUUACAUAUACAAUCAAACAAUGUUUUAAAGAGCCAAACGGGAUCGUGUUUAUACAGUCCGUGGAAGAUUGAUAAUCAGCCAUUAAAUAUCGUACUACCCCAAA